AUGGGCAAGAUCAUCCACAUCGUCCUCUGGAAGCUCAAGCCGUGCGCGACCGACGCCGAGGCCGACGCGGCCAAGGAGUCGAUCAAGCAGCUCCUCAAGGUGCCCGGCCCGAUCAGCAUGCACGUCGGCCCUCCCGAGAUCGAGGCGCGCACCCAGGGCUGGAACUGGGGCCUGUACUCGGUCUUUGAGAACCGCGCCGAGCUCGACAAGUACGCCGUCAGCGAUGCGCACAUGGACUGCGUGCGUGACCACGUGCGCCCUCACAUGGCUGAGGUCAUGGCGUACGACUGGGAGAUCAGCGACAAGACCGGCUACUAG